AUGAGCGCAUCGGAGAAGACAACGCUACCUCUUCAUCUUCAUCUUCUUCCCCAAGACAUUCUCUUUGAGAUCCUCUCCAAGCUCCCCGCUAAGUCGCUAGUACGACUCAGGUGCGUUUCUAAAUUCUUUUCCGCUCUCAUAGCUGAUCAUGCCUUUGGCGUUCUGCACCGCAGCUUGUCCUUCAAACUUCCCAGUAGGGCGGGCAUCCUCAUGGCUAUCAUACCUCGAACUCCGCUCUCUUCCGCCCCUGUGUAUUACACCAUAAAUAAUUUCAGCGAAGAAACCCUCCAAGCCAACCGUCUCGACUACUUGGACGCUGAUGAACCCUUCCCCAAAGGUUGUCUACACUCCUCCUCGGAUGGCCUAAUUUGUCUGUCCAAACCCAAUGGAGACGUCGUUGUUUGCAAUGUUAGUACCGGACAACGUGUUUCCCUUCCAAGAUUCCAAUUCAACUCCCCCCAUCGAACUCAAAUCUGUUCACUAUUGGGGUUCGAUUCACAAUCUAAAAGAUACAAGGUUUUGAUGAUUGAUAGGAGGAGGAGCAUUUUCGAGUAUAAGCAUUGGGUUUUGACCGUGGGAGUGGAUAAAUCAUGGAGGGAGAUCAACUAUUCUUCCCACCCCUUCUCUCCAUUUGAUGGCUUUGGCUGCGUUGGCCAAUCCGAUACUAGUGUCCACAUCGAUGGCGUUAUCUAUUUCUAUAAUUGGCUGACUAAAGAUGACCCUCCUAGCUUCCACAUAGUAGCAUUUGACGUUGGGUCCGAGAGUUAUUCUUUGAUACCAAUUCCACCUGAAGUUACAUCAUCAUCACGGGUUCAUUGUAUAGGGAAAACAUAUUGCUGUUCUGAUUUUGUUUUCAAAAAUUUUGCAUUGCUACAAGUUGAUGGAGGUCGAUUGGCUAUCGUUUAUGUUCGCAAAAGAGACCAACAAUUCUACAUGGAUGUUUGGAUUUUGGAGAAAUCUAAGGGAUGCUGGGAGAAGAUUACUACAAAAAUUCCAUUCAAUUUGAGAGUAGAACAAUCAACGAAGUAUCGCUAUACUACAAAUCAUGCUGGGGAGGUUGUGUUGUUAGGUAAAAAUAAUAAACAAUUUAUCAUUUUUGUUUGUAACUUGAAAAGUAAGACUUGGAGAAAAUUUGAUAUAGGUGGAGUUAAGGAAUUUCCAAUUUGUUUGCUUGCGGAGGUUAGAAUGUACAAGACUAUGGACAAUGUAUUUUUUAUUGAGUAG